UUCCUCACCUUUUCACCUCCAUUACACCUCGUGCCGCUAUGCUAGACGGACGAGUCACUGUGCUGGGCUGCGCCGCUUGGCUGCUGCUCCUGCUGCCACUUCUCAAUGCGGACGGAUCCAAUCACAGUGUACCGUUGCAAGAGUCCAACGAUGCCGGCAGCAGCAACGUGCCGAUCACUGGGGACGACGACGGUUCACUCGGAAGUGACGACGAUGUAUUUGAAGGUAACACGACGGAGGAAGUCCCGAUGCUCCGUCGAGGCCUGGCGAGGUUGGACUUCAACAACUGCGGUGAAGAAACAGAUCCUCUCUACAUCACUGGCUUCGAUGUGACACCGAACCCCAUUGAAAUCCCAGGGCCUCUGGCGGUGGGAAUCAGCUUCAGGCUCAAUGAGAACGUAACUACACCCGUAUCGGUUCAGCUGGAAAUGAAGAAAAGGCUCAAUUUCCUGUUCGGGCUGUCGACGUGGUUCACCAUCCCGUGUCUUCCCAGCGGCGUUGGAUCCUGUGACUAUGAGGACAUUUGCAAAUUGGCUCUCUUCUCCAAAGACGUUUGUUUAGAUCCGGACACGGACGAAGAAAUGGACUGCAAGUGUCCCUUUCAUCAGGGCGACUGGAAAAUGAAGCCAUCCACGUUCAAUAUUCCCGGGAUACCCGAGGAUAUUCCUUCCUAUCUCUUGCAAGGCGAAUUCUCCAUCAAGGCCACCAUGUACAAGGAAGAGCAACAGAUUGCCUGCUACUCGGUGGACGUUGACGUUAACCUCUAAUAGUUUCGAACAGGGAGCACUCCAUCGCAGGUUCGAACAGCAAAUGGAAGGCGUUGGACAUACCCCAACUUUCCCACCGAAUUAUUUUCACUGCUGGAACCUGUUCAAAUCCUUCCAUUUUGCCUGUCGGCGGACGAGGUCUGGGUUCGACUCUCGCCGCCUGUACUCGCUGACUUCUCGUCAAUUGCCGUCCAUGGGCGUAUGUAGGAGGCUCUUGCACAUGUACUUAUAUUAGCAAUGUGCAUACAUGUGUGGUAUGUAUCAUAGUGUAACAGCACUUGUAGUAGUUCAAGUGUCCGAACAUAGGGCGAGCAUAAUACUAGAUAAUAGUGAGUUUUAUAGCACCGUACGCUAUCGUCUUUGCGUACGUAAGGGAUAGCGUUAGUGGCCCUGCGCUCGCGCAAAACAUAAAAAGAGCUUCAGAACCACCGCGCUAUCCUUUACGUACGCAAAGGAUAGCGUAUGAUGAACUAAAACUCUCGUCUACUUCGGAACGGUACGCCUGAGAGGGUCUGCCGCUCAGUACAACCGUACUUGACUUGUGCCCUGCAUGUUGAGCUGCUAAGGGGUAACUAUCGGUCUCUAUUUAAUAGAACAAUUAAAUAAAGAAAAAAUUGUGACGUUUCUGCUUAUAUUAACUACAGGGAGUUCAUUUUUAUCCGUUACAAAUUGUUUAUAAAAAAAGAAAAAACUAUGGGCAGAGGCGCCGCUAGGCAAUUUUUCAGGGAGAGCAAAGAUCCCGUGCGCAACUGCACAGUCCCCCCACGGGGGAGGGUUUCGUUCUACAGCUCACUUUGGCUCCAGGCAGAGCGUUCCUUGCAACGCAUUCCUUGUUAUGUGGCCAGAGUUUUCAUUGCUUGGGCACUGCAGUAUAUUAUUUAGGACAGGCCGUGUGCAGUUUGCGGGCGACAGAAUGAAUAAAUAAAAGGUCUGAGUCGGGGGGGGGGGGG